AUGGAAUCUCAUCGAAGACUUCUCUCUCUAAGAAAUCAUCUAUUGAUUCUGUUAAUAACCUCUAGUUUAUUUGUGAAUCCUUCUUCGGGACGUUCCAUUGAUGGCGGCCGAUCUGAGAAAGACAAAGUAACCUUUGAGAUAUACUAUGAGAGCUUGUGUCCCUACUGCUCCAAUUUGAUCGUCAACUAUCUCUACAAGCUGUUUGAUACUGGAGUCAUAGCUAUAACCCAGCUUAAGCUCAUCCCUUAUGGCAACGCCAAAAUUCGAGCUAAUGGAACCAUCACUUGUCAGCAUGGCCAAUAUGAAUGUUUACUCAACACUGUAGAGGCAUGUGCAAUUGAUCUCUGGCCUGAUGUGAAUGAGCACUUUCCAAUUAUCUACUGCAUUGAAAAUCUGGUCUACCAAGGGAACUAUACUCAAUGGGAAACGUGUUUUGAGAAAUUGGGCUUGGAUCUUAAUCCGAUAGCUAAUUGUUAUAAAAGUGGACGUGGAAAAGAGAUUGAACUAGGAUAUGCAGCAGAAACAAACAAUCUUAAACCACCUCAUCGAUACGUGCCAUGGGUAGUUGUGGAUGGUCAGCCACUUUAUGAUGACUAUCGGAACUUCAUAAGCUACAUCUGCAAGGCAUACCAUGGAACUUCUGUGCCCUCUGCUUGUAGUGAAUCGUCGGUUGGAGGCAUUCUGGCAUCUCUGCUAUACAGAACAAACAACCUAGUGAAAGUUAUCUCGCAGAAUAUUGGAUAUAACAUCAUUUGA